AUGGCGGCGACUCUUCCGGGAGGGAUUCUCACGGCGGCCAUUAUUGCAUUAUUUUUAUGUCGGACGACGAGGACGGUGACAUGUGAAUUAUUUCCGAUGACCCUAUCUCUUGAAAGGGCAAUUCCGCUGAAUAAUAAAAUGAAAUUGAGUGAACUCAAAGCUAGGGACAGUGCUAGACAUCGCAGGUUGAUUCAAUCUUCCAAUGAUACUGGUUUCACUCUUGAGGGCACAUAUGAUCCUUACGGAGCCGGGAUUUAUUAUACAAAGGUGCAAUUGGGUUCUCCCCCAAGAGAUUUUCAUUUGCAAGUAGACACAGGCAGCGACCCUCUCUGGGUCACCUGCAGCUCCUGUUCUGGCUGCCCCAACAAAACCGAACUUCAAAUCGAGCUCAGUUCUUUCGAUCCUGGGAAAUCAUCCACACACACACCAGUAACUUGUACAGACUCCAUAUGUAACAGCGAAUAUCAGUCCCCAGAAGCCAUGUGUUCCAAAAAUAAUCGCUGCACUUACACAUUCCAGUACGCCGAUGAUAGUGCCUCUGCUGGUUACUAUGUUACUGAUCUCAUUCAUUUUGCCACCCCAGUUUCCAACGGAUCUUCACCUGUCAUCUUCGGAUGUAGCACGGAGUUGACGGGAAACUUGGCGACGAAUAACAGUAGAGGAGUGGAUGGGAUAAUAGGAUUUGGGCGAGGGGACACUUCAGUUAUAUCACAGCUCUCGUCAAAAAGGUUGGUGCCAAAAGUAUUCUCUCACUGCCUCCGAGGAGAUGAUCAGGGCGGAGGCACCUUGGUUCUUGGUGAGAUUGUGGACCCCCAUAUUGUUUUUACUCCUCUCGUUCCUUCCAGGACGCAUUACAAUUUAGACCUCAAGGGCAUCGAGGUGAAAGGCCAAAACUUAGAGAUUGAUUCAUCGGUUUUACAAGCAUUAGAGAACCAAGGCACCGUUGUUGAUUCUGGAACAACUAUGGCGUACCUUCCUGAUGUGGUUUACGACUCCUUCCUCAACGCGAUUUCGGCUGCUACUCCAGUAGAAUCGCUUACAGGCACUUACGUUGCAGAUGGAUAUUCCCAAUGUUUCUGGGCUAAGAAGAGCAUCUCUGAAGUUUUCCCUAACGUAAGUUUGAACUUUGCGGGCGGCGCAUCUAUGGUUCUUAAACCCAAGGACUACCUUACUGACGGCGAAAAGGGGUGGUGUAUUGGCAUUCAGAAAAUGGAAGGUUCUCAAGCGUUCACUAUUUUAGGAGAUAUAGUAUUAAAAGAUAGAAUAAUUGUUUAUGAUCUGGCUGGUCAACGUAUUGGAUGGGCUGACUAUGACUGUUCGAGGCCUUUCAACGUAUCAGGAAAAUUAAACAGAGCACCAGGGUCAAGGCGGGACGCGUCAAGGGGUUCGCCCCGUGAGGCAGGGACCUUAGCUUUCUUCCUAUCGUUAAUCUGCAUCUUAUUGUUUUUUAGCAUAUGUGCGUAG